AAGAUAACUGCUUUAAUUAAAAUACAUUACGUAGACUAACAAGCUCUGUUGUUUUAAUAAUUUAGAGUAAUAUUUUUUUUUUCUUUUUUGGACAGUUGUAUGACAGUAGAUGAAACUUUUGAAUUCCAGUUCUUUAAUUGUUAAAUUUCAUAUUUUUUUCAGGUGUAUGUGUGUUUUUAAAAUGUGUUGAAUCCAUCUGCUUCUGAGUAGCUCUAUCUACAAUGGCAUUACAAAGUUCAGAGGUCACCAUGGGUGAAAGCUACCAACCAACUAUCAAUAACUCUUCACUGAAAAAGUUGUGUUAUUUACUUAGAAAUGAAGGUCACAGAGUGCUAAAUGGCAACUCAGCUUUUACCCUGACCACUGACGUCCUGGUUUACCUCAACAAGGACUGCAGACGCCACAGUUUCACUGAUGUGGGCGCACCUAUACCAGAGUCCACUCAGGGUAGUUCCUCUUUCUUCCCAUUGACAAAGAGAAUGCAGGCCCACAAGGAAGCAGAAAGAGCUAAAGCAGAGUGGAGUGCACACAUACAGUUCAUUAAGGAUUUUAUGUUGAGUACUCCAAGUUUAAAGAUCAUCCACAACUCCAGCACCAUAACAUCUCCAAUAUCCCUGCAUCGUUUUCUGAAUUUGCAAUGUCUGCAUCUGCGGAGGGUGCCCAUACACAUGGUAGAAGGGCUUCAGCAGCUUCGCUGUACUCUCUCAUCUGUCACAGUCUUUAGAUCUAUCGACAAGCUUAAGGAUUUGCUGGAGUCCUGUGGGGGAGAUAUGACCUCACCCAUGACCUGGCCAAUGUUGAAGUUUCUCUCCCUUAAGUUCAACUCCCUGUCUUGUUUGGAUGAUUCACUGAGAUUACUGCCUUUUGUUGAAGUCCUAGAUCUAAGUCACAACUCUUUACACAACUGUGAUAAAAAUUUAGAGUACCUGGGUGAUGUGGUCAGCGUGACCUUGGCGUACAAUUUUCUAGUCUCCAUACCGUCUUUCUCCGUCACCACUCGGUCGUCACUGACAUCUCUCAUACUGAGGGGAAACAAUCUCGAUAAAGUCGCAGGCUUAAAUGAACUAAUUGGCUUACAAGAUUUGGAUCUUGGGGAAAAUUGCAUCAAUGACCACAGCUUCCUAGAACCUUUGAGUGCCUUAAAUAGACUUAAGCAGCUCCAGUUGGAUGGUAACCCAAUAUUUUACCACCGCUUGCAUCGUCCACUGACAGUCUCCUGCCUGUCUGGGCAGGCUGUCAACAUUGAGUUUGAGCUAGACAAGAAAAAAUUGAGUAUGUCAGAAAUCACACAUUUUGGUCCCUCUAAAAGACCUGCCAGGAAUACACAGACUGCACUUUUUCCGCAGUCAGUGACUAGGAUACGCACUAGCACGCCAGAGAGAGCAAACAAUUUUAAGUUUUCUCCUUCUUCUGGCAUAGGUACUGAGACAGAAAGCAACAGUAUUCUAGUUACACCUAGUUCUUCCAAGAAAGCAAAACGCAAACGCCUGAAAGCUCGUAAAACAGAGAUCAGGGACAUGGACACCUCAGGAGACAUCUCAUCCAGCAGAGACGCAACCCCAGGAACAUCACCGGCUGUGAAAAACUUGGAAGAACAACUUCGUGUGCGGGCGCUUGAGGCAAGCCAGACCAAGAAAGAGAUAGAUGAGCUAAGGAAACAUUAUGGACCCAACUGGCUACAGGCCAUAGAAGACAGGGAUAUUUUUAAAGUAAAAAAACUGGACCAAGCUGCUGACUCUUCUGGUGAUGAGAGAGUCAGCAAACAAAAGAAAUCCUCCAGUGACUCCGACAGUGACUCUAAACGGUUUGGCCAGGAAGUUUCCGGUGGGUCUGAUGAAGACGAUGACUUUAGAGGCAACACGAAUGGCCCCACUGACGAUGAUCUCUACUUAAGAGAUACUAAACCCACGGUUUCUGCUGCACCUAACCCAGCAAGCUAUAACACCAUCCGUAAUGAAACAACCAAUCCCAUCAUGGCCGAGAUAGCCAGGUUGGCAGCUGGUAAGGCAUAUCCAGACGCAGCCAAUCAGAAGACAGGAAACAUUCCCUCUACGUCUGAACUCCUUCCUGGUAAAAUUGACAUGGGUUCACCUAAGUUUACACAGACAUUUGCAUAUGAAACUGACAACACCCUAUCAAAUACACUUACCAGCACCAUUGCAGGACCAGGAAAGUCAUUUAGUUCUGUAGGCCAGCAGGUGGCGCCACCGCAGGUUAAUACAGUCUCCGUCCCCCAACCUGUUGACAAAGUAGCAUCAAUUCUUUCCAAGAAGCUGCUGAAUGAGGGCCCCACAGAGAGACCUGUAUCUCAGACCACCCUGUCGCCCAUCAAAUCAGAAGAAAACUCUGAGAAAAACAGCCCUGCCUCAUCUCAGACUGACCUACCUAAAUAUGACGUUAUCACUGGUACCUCCACAACAAAAACUAGUGAUGAAGUCACUGAACCAAUCUUUGUCACCUUACCCCUCCAAGACAACAAAAUGAUUAUAGUCUCACUCACUGACAAGUACCUGGUAGAAAAGGAUAUCAAAGGGAAGAUUAAAGAGAAGCUUGAGCUUGCCAGUUUGACUAGUAUGGAGUCAGCCACUAUAAGAAAGAGAAACAGCCAGACAACCUUGGGGGAUGCAAGCAAGGGAGACGAUCUGUGCAGUGAUGAAACAAGGGGAGAGAAUGAGGACAGUGAGUGUCUGCAGUUGGAUUUGAAGUUUGAUUACAUGAGGAAAGACAGACAGAAAAGAUGCUAUCACUUGGAGUUUGGGGAUGGAAAGAUUAUCCAGGAUCUUAUUCAGCCAUUUUUAGAUGCCAGAGAAGCAGAAAUUAAAGCCAAAUCAAUGGUGGUGAUGCAAUGUUUGAAAUGCAACCGCACCUUUUUGAAAAGUGAAUUGGUGCAGCAGAGAAAAGAGCUGCCAACCUCGGGUAGCAGUAGGGAUUUACAGUCUCUCCAGAAACUGAUGGAGAAACCAUCGUACAUCUGCCCCAAGUGUGGCAGCACCAUCAUCAUAGAACUAGAACCAGCCACACGUGGCACCAAAUCUGUGGAGUCCUCCACCUCGACCCCUGUUGGCUCACACACCUCAGCUGGUGGCUUCAUGGAUCUGGCCAGGAGUACCACACCCCUGUCUAAAAGAAAAUCUGCUGAGUUGCAAGGACGUAAAAACUCAACCAGCUCUCUUGAUUUUAAUAUUGGGACCAAGGGAGGCCAACCCUCAUCAGUGAAAUCAUAUGGUGCAUCUCCAGGAAGCCUGACAAGAGAGGUACAAAUGAGGACGGCAGGAGGUAGAGACAGAAGCAAUGCAUUCAACAGCAAGAUGGCUCAAAGCAUGAUUGUGCAUAGUUCUGGCAAGUUCUCUGAGAACGAUGAGCUGGUCUGUGUUGAGGACUAUUUCGCCAAAGACUCAGCAUCCCAGCAGCUGGCAGCCAUGACCACAAGUCUGAGAGAAGACACGUCCACUCGAGGCACCAAGUCUGUUGUCAGAAGGAGUUUUUCUAAGGAAUCACCCAAUGACAAUAUGGCGCCUGGGCAGGCAAGGAGGAGCAUGGGAAAUAUUUCCGACAGUGGGUUUGAGAGCGGGAUCUACAGAAAUAGCAGUGAGUUUUCACAAAGCUCUUUGUUACAGUCAGCCAAAGCUCUAGCUGAAGGUUCGGGAACUACAAGUAUUGCAAUGCCCAUAGCAAAACCAACAUCAACAGCUGUCUUAGCAUCAAACUCAUUGUCAGAAAAAGCUAAAGAUGACGAAGGUGUUGAGAAAAAGUAUGAAGAUGGAUCAAAGUCCAGCGCUAAAGGCCCAGCGUACAAGCACCUGGCAGCCAUGGAGCAGCUGGUCAACACGCUGGUGACUGAAGGGAAGGAGCUGGAGGAGCAGGAGCUGCUCAGCUCCAGCUACAGCAGCAGGACCACCAUGAAGAGCCUCAGCGUAUCCCUGCUGAGAAAGUCCUCGACCAAUCAGAGACGAGGCAGCAUUAACUCUACAGACGGCGCCUUGAGGUUGUCUGAAAGUAGUUCCAGCAUCGCCAUCCUGCCCACCCCGGCUGAACAAGAGGAUGGGAGCAGGACGGGCACCCCUGACUACAGCUCGUACAUCUCCACCCCCGUCAAAUUUUCUGUCGGCACGCCAAACGAUGAGCACUCUUUCGAGAAUCCUGAAUCUCCGCGCCCCAGGGUAGUUUCACCUUUGAACUCCGACAUCUGCAGCAGCAUGAUCUCCAGCGUGUACGAGACGUCUGUCAACAAUUUACCUGAGGGUGACGCCACACCUGUUGGCAGUGCCAAGGUGGAUGACAAAACUGCCACCUCCGCUGAUGACGUCAAACUUGUAGGAUCAAGCGACAGUGAACAUGCCAGCUCAACCGAAGAUUUAACCAGUAUCUACGACAAACCAACCGCCAUACCUACCAACAAGAAGAAAACACCAUCAAAGAAGAAAAAGUCUAAGAAAACAGUUUUAGCCUCACCUAAAGUAAACGCUGUACAAGUUCCAGACAGUUCCGCAACUUCAUAUGCAACACAUGAGGGACUAGAAACUUCCGAGGUUACGGUCCCCAGCCCCUCGCCUGCAGCACAGGCAGGGUUUGAAAGCUCAGAUGAAAGCGAUGAAGAAGAAGAUGAUGCUGAUGUUGUUCCCCAAUAUGCUUUUCAUCACUUGAACCAUCACCUGACUCUCUACAUGAUGAUGUCCCUCUUUGGAAAUGAUGAAGAGUUUGUCUGUAAACUACAGAGUGAGAUAGUACAGUACAUCAUAAAUGAUCCGUACGAAGGAAUCCUUGUCCUGUCAACUUCCAGAUUUUAUAUUCUGAAAAUUCUUUCGGAGGAUCACAGCCUGCCCCCUGAGCAGUGGUUGAACUGCGUUGAAAUCCAACCAAUCAAUGAACUCCGCUACAUUGACGUGGGGCUGGGAGGUCAAAGUUUGCGGCUUGAAUUUAACACCGACUGCUCCAGUUACACGUUUGUCACACGGAACAUGGACAAAACUCUGCAGUUUGUGGAGGUCUUACAUACUUACCUGGCCAAGUACGCAGUCUCUCAGGGGAUUACUUCCCAUGUUGUUGUCCAUGAGGAUGUGGAUCAGGCUACAUUGAACAACCUUGACCUUGAUGUAGUGUCAAAGGGCAAAGGUGAUCAGAAAAUGCUGCUGUACUGUAUGGGUUUCAUUGAAAGAGGAAACCAGAAGCUUUUCCCUGUAAGUUUUGUCAUAACGUCCAGCGACAUCUGUCUGGUGCGGACCAAUUACCAGUGGCCCCAGCCCCGCCUGCAGGCCCCCAUCACCGUGGAGACGGUGGGUAAACAGUUCACAGUUCUGGAGAGACAAAAAAUUAACAACGUGGCCUCAGUGGAAGUGUGUGAGUCCACGAUGAAGAAGAUGAAAAUUGAACUCUUCAAUGAGGUGGAAGGCAUCUCAGCCAACUGGAACAUCACACUGACCAGCAAACACGCCACAGUGGAGUUUAUACACGCCAUUAGCGUACCCUGGGCUCAAGAGUUUGGGGUGGAGAUGGACUUCACGUACAGCAGACUGGAGUUUUAGGACGUCACGUACAGCAGGCUGGACUUUUAGGACUUCAAAUACAAUAGACUGGUUUUUAAAGAUUUGUUUUGUGCCUUGUUGGGAUAACUCUAUGUGCUGCUAAUAGAGAAGUGAUAAAAAAUUUAAUUAACUCAUUCUGCUAAAAUGAGUCAAGCUGUUACUUUUUUUUUUAGAAUUCUUUCCUAAAAUUGUUUUAAAAAAUAAUUUUGAUUACUGUAAAAUAUCAAAGUUCAACAUAUCGUACAGAAAUUGUAAUUCAGAUAAUACGUUCAUUCACUUCCUUUGUUUUCAGCAUUAUGGUCGUAACCUUACAUUCUGUUAAUUAACUAUUUGAGCCAAGGUAGUUGAAAUAGAUUGAAAUUGUUGCAGUUAAGUGCGGAGAAAUGGGGAUGUUUGACGUGGGUGGCAGUGUCUUGUAUAUUUUUCUAUGCUCAACCUUGCUGACUCUCCUUGUAAUUUUCUUGUUGAAAACUUGUGGUUGAUGGGUGUAAAAAAAUAAAUUAUUUGAAGAAGGGUCAAAAGCAAUUUGCCAAGGGUAGACUACUGUUAUUUAUACUGUUUAUUUAUCUAUUGAACGUAUGAUGUCUUUCAUUGUUUUAUUUUUUCUCCAUCUUUCAGUACAUUGUUAUACACAUUUUAUACUUUAUUUCUUUUUAUUCUUUUAAUAAUUCAAAUUGUUACGCAUUUAGCUUUUUAUAUCUUUUAAGUUAUUGAGCUCACAUCUGUAAAAAUACUAUUGGUAUUGUAUUAAAAAUGGCUGAAUACAUGAUUGGCAGGAAUGUAGAAUGUCACAUGGUUCAGCUACAAUGGACUGAAUCAGUCAGGAAUGUAAAGAGGGCUGAACAAUGUGAUAUUCACACAUUCCUGUAUGACCCACACAAUUGUUUACACACACACCUAUGUUACCCACACAAUUGUUACCCACACAUUCUUAGUUUCCACACAACCUGGAUGUACAAGUGACUGGGCAUUCUAUUGAUGCUUACACUCUUUCUUUGUGUUGGUGGCCCAAUUUUGUUUUUAAUUGGCCACACAAUAUCCUUGGCCAAAACCACUUCUGGCCAUGCGAUGUAUUUCUCACAGACCCUCUUGUAAUACCAACGUUACUGUGUACGUGUACACGGCCACCUAGUAUUAUUCUUGUUGUUCAGCUGGUUUUAAUUAAAACUUGCAUUGAUCAACCCUUCACAGCGUAUUUAAAUUUAGUAUUAAAGGGAGAUAAUAUUAAGGGAGACAAUUUUAUGAACCGGUAAACUACAGAAUCCUAAAUUAGAAAAUUACUUGCACUCUGCAUUAACCUUUUAUUUAACAAAAGGAAAUAACACACCUAGCCUGAUCAAAUUUAUAUAUUGAACCAACUUUUCUACCAAAAUACUCUUAAGUCAUUCCAGUUUCAAUGUUCCUUUGUGUGUGUGUGUACCACAGUUAUGUGACUGUUAGAAUUGGCGAGUUCUGUGUGAAAUUUGGCACAGUAUAAUAAAAAGAAAUUAAUUUAACUUCCCCAGCGUAAGGUGGGGGUGUGUGAUUUUGUCUUGGGAUAUCAUCAACAUUGUAAUGUUCCAGUAUUAUUUAUUAAAAUUUCGUCUAAGUACCCUCACUUUUUUUUUAACUUGUGAGGGAAACGGCAUAUAAUAUAUUUUUAUUUUACACUUUAUUGGGUGUCUCUACUGGUCAAUACAUUUUACUAAUAUGACAUCCUAUCGCAUGUAAUGCUCUAACCACUUGAAUGUAAUUUAAUAACAAUAUUUGUAAAGGAAACUUUGCCUGUUAUAUAGCACAUAUCCUUCAGCUCUGGUGUGUCAAUUAUCAGUCCUUUGUUGAAGGUACCAGCAGUCAAAUUAAGGUGUGUAGCUAAUGUGUAGUCUUCUCCCCUUGACCAGCCUGCUUUAACACUAGAUCCACAUGCAAACAUUAGUGCCCUGUCUACCCCCUGAUGACCCCUGGAUCCUUGACAUGACCCCUGGUACCCAGUGUCCAAAUUCUGAUCCCUGGUGACCCCUGGACCCUUGACAUGACCCAGUGUCCACAGCCUGAGCCCUGAGACCCCUGGUUCGUGGACAUAACCCCUGGUGCCCCCAGUAGUGUCCACACCCUGAUCCCUGAUGACCUCUGGAUCCUUGACAUGACCCCUGACGCACCCAGUAGUGUCCACACCAGAGGCGUAGCGACCCUUCCUGGCGCCCGGGGACAAACUUUUCGCUUUGCACCCCCCCUCUCAAACUUUCGAUUUGCAGCCCCACCCCCCCACUCACGAUUUCGA